AUGGGAGGGGAAUUGAGCAGUCUUGCUUCCCCUCCCGCCUCAAAGGCUGGAGUGAACAUACCUAUCUAUUCUUCUGAAGGAGCAAUUGAGCGGUGCACGUACAUCAAGUACCACUACUCCUCAGCGACCAUUCCCAAGAACCUCACCUACAACAUCACCAAGACAAUCCGCCAGGAUGAGUGGCAUGCCUUGCAUCUGCGCAGGAUGACAGCUGGCUUCAUGGGCAUGGCUGUGGCCAUCAUCCUCUUUGGAUGGAUUAUCGGGGUGCUGGGGUGCUGUUGGGAUCGAGGCCUUAUGCAGUAUGUGGCAGGGCUUCUCUUCCUCAUGGGAGGAACCUUCUGCAUCAUUUCACUGUGCACGUGCGUGGCUGGAAUCAACUUUGAGCUCUCCCGCUACCCCCGCUACCUGUACGGACUUCCCGACGACAUCAGCCAUGGCUAUGGCUGGUCCAUGUUCUGUGCGUGGGGGGGCCUGGGCCUCACUCUUAUCUCUGGCUUCUUCUGCACUCUGGCCCCUUCUGUCCAACCUGUCCCCAGGACCAACUACCCCAAAUCUAGACCUGAGAAUGGGACAGUGUGCUAAAACAAAUAGCAAACAUACACACACACACAUAUAUACAUAUAUGUGUCUAUGUAUACCUAUACAUGCAUAUAUAUGUAUAUAUAAUUAUAUAUAUAUAUAAUCUGAAAUUAAUGCCAGUGCCAAGGUAAAGCUGAGUCCAACAUGGCACUCACAUCUCCACUGGACUCUGUGUUGCUCCGUUCUUUCUCACAGCAAUGGGAAAGCUUUUCUCUCACGUGGCUCUUCCAUCCAACUCUUAACUUCAGCAUCAUACCUUAGAGGUCAAAUGAACACACAGUUGCACCUGCCUACUGCCAUUUUUGGGAAGGGGAACAGGGGGUCUGUACGGGGAUCUGGAACCAGAAUCUGUACAGGACAUGGAGGGUGGGAUGGGGGGGACAAAAAGCCUGUCCAUUGCAGCCAGAAGGGAAAAUGCAAACAGCAAGCAAAGGAACAAAUCAAGCAGUUGAGCCACCUCUACAACGUACCUCCU